AUGGAGCUCAGUCCACUGCCUGUGAUGCUCUUGCUGAUUUCACUCAUACCAGUGGUCCAGGCUCAAAUAAAACCCAAACCGACUGUGAGAGUGAAUCCUCAGAGCUCCGUCUACACUGGAGACACCGUCACUCUGAGCUGUGAGCUGCAGCAGGAGACUGGAUGGAAGUUUCAAUGGUACAAAAAUAAUCAGCUGUUACAGAAUCUGAACAGUGAGCAAGUGAACACACUUAAUGUGACAGUCGAUAAUGCAGGAGAAACAGAGUACACGUGUCGAGCACGCAGGAGAAACUACAAGUACUACUACUACACAGAGUACAGUGAUCCUGUCAAGAUUACAGUGAGAGUAAAACCCAAACCGACUGUGAGAGUGAAUCCUCAGAGCUCCGUCUACACUGGAGACACCGUCACUCUGAGCUGUGACAUACAGGAUGAAAGUGUCUCUAGCUGGCAGUACAGCUGGUAUAAAGAUACUUCACACAGUCCUGUCAGUAGUGAACAGGUGUACAGUAUCAGUGGUGUUGAAGUGACCCACACAGGUACAUACACCUGUAGAGGAACAGAGAGAGGAGGCUCACGCUCCUCACACUCCAGUGAUGUUAUUACACUGACUGUAUCAGAGAGACCACAGGCAGUACUGAGUGUAUCUCCACACAGCUGGCUGACUGAAGGAGACUCAGUGACUCUAAGCUGUGAGGUUACAGACUCCUCUACAGACUGGACAUUCAGCUGGUACACAGUUGUUCCCUACAGAGACGGAUUAACUGGAAUAAAUAAUAAUCGUGGCUAUAUGGUGUAUGUGGAGCUCCUCUCAGACAGCAGCAGAGGAUCUGGAGGCAAAUACACUCUCAGUCCUGCUGCUCUUAUACACACAGGAGUUUAUAUGUGCAGAGGAGAGAGAGGAGAACCAGCCCUUUACACACAGUACAGCAAUCUACAGCCACUAUGGAUCACUGGUGAAUCUCCUCCAGUCUCUCUGAUCAUCAAUCCCAGCAGAACUCAACACUUUACUAAUGACUCUCUCUCACUGAGCUGUGAGGACCAGAGUAAGUCUACUGGAUGGACAGUGAGACGAUACACACACAGUGAGAGAGUGUUAGAUUGUUCACACUGGGGAUCAGUUACAGGAUCUACAUGUAACAUCAGCUUCCUCUCCACAUCCUACACUGGAGUUUACUGGUGUGAGUCUGAAUCUGGAGAAAACAGUAAUCCUGUCAACAUCACAGUUCAUGAUGGUGAUGUGAUCCUGGAGAGUCCUGUCCAUCCUGUGACUGAGGGACAUCCUCUGACUCUACGCUGUUUAUAUCACAACCCAAAUCCCUCAAACCUCCGAGCUGAUUUCUAUAAAGAUGGAUCAGUUCUCCAGAACCAGACUACAGGAGAGAUGAUCAUCCAAACUGUCUCAAAGUCAGAUGAAGGUUUCUACCACUGUGAACACCCAGAGAGAGGAGAGUCACUGAAAAGCUGGGUCUCAGUCAGAUGUCCAUCACCUGUAGAAGCUCCAUUCUCAGUGCUCAUGCUGAUCUGUAGUGUGGUGACGGCCUCUCCGUAUCUGCUGGUGACCAUCAUUCUGCUGCUCAUAUGUUACAGAGCUCGAGAUCACACUGAUGAAGACAGGAUUGAGAAUGCAGUUAUAGAGGAGUGAGACGUUAUAAAAAGUCAUCUAUAAAAAGAAUAAACAUUUACUGAAAAAGAUCAUUUCAGAAUUUCUUUUUCAUUAUGGUUUUGUGUGGAUUUUAAAAUAAUACCGAUUUGUCAUUUUAAUGUAAUGCUGUUAUUUGCUCAGCAUCUUCUAGACACUGUCAUAGUUCUGUAUGGAUUUGUUUAGUUAAAGCCUGAAAACCUCCUCAUGAGUGAAGGUCAAUGUGUGUGUAAUCUCCAAUAAAGCUUACAGUCUUUUAAACAAUAGCAAAAACUGAGAAAUAUAUAUUUUUUUAAAAAUUCAAAACAGGAUUAAUUGCAAGUUGGAAACUAGCAUCAUUGGGAUGGAUAUGAAAACUUUAUUAGAUUUGUCUAGUGCAGCACUGAGAUUUACUCAAUAGUUAAAAUUGUUUUAUAUUGUAUACAUACUAAGUUUAUUGACUGUUAUCUGAAAUAUGGUGCAGAACUAUUUGUGUUUUCUCAGUAUUAGUUCUACCACUUCUGUAUUUGUACUGCUGUGUU